AGGCAAAUUUGUCGUCAUACUAAAACUAAAACUAUAAUAUAAAAAAUUAUGGCCUUGGGAAGCAAGGAAAAUUUGUCGUCAUAAAGUUAUGACCAUGCACUAAAGUCUCUACGGACCUUACAUUGGAGCAAACAUUCAUGGAUCAAACCUGGUUUUACUUGAUUUCCAUAGCCACCUUUGUUUUUCUCUUCCUGUUGAAUCACUUUCUAGGAAAACAAACACGGCAUAAAAACCUCCCACCAAGCCCCCCUUCACUCCCUAUAAUCGGCCACCUCCAUCUAAUAAAAGAACCAAUUCACCGAACCCUACAACAUCUUUAUCAAACACACGGCCCAAUCUUCGCCCUCCGAUUUGGAUCCCGAUCGGUGCUUGUCAUAACCUCACCGUCGGCAGUCAAAGAAUGCUUCUCCAAAAACGACCUCGUCUUCGCAAACCGGCCUCGGCUUCUGGUCGGAAAACACCUCAACUACAACUACACCACACUAGGCGCCGCCUCGUAUGGUGACCACUGGCGCAAUCUCCGCCGCCUCACCGCCCGAGAAAUCUUCUCGACGCCGUGCCUCAACGUGUCUCUGAGUAUUAGACAACGAGAAGUAAGAUCAUUGCUGAAAAACCUGUUUCUAGCUUCGCGCAACAACAAGAACCAGUGCGACGACGGUUUUGCGAAAGUGGAGAUGAAAUCUAGACUCUCGGAACUGUCAUUCAACAUCAUUAUGCAGAUUGUUACGGGGAAGAGGUAUUUCGGAGAUGAAGUGGUGGAUUUUGAAGAGGCGAAGCGGUUUCGGGAGAUUAUCAGGCAGGUUUUCGAGCUAAGCGGGGCAUCGAAUCCGGGGGAUUUUUUGGCUUUCUUGCGGUGGAUUGAUUUUGGGAAUUUGGAGAAGAAGAUGUUAGCUGUGCAGAAGAAGAUGGAUGUUUUUUUGCAGGGUUUGAUUGAUGAGCGUCGAAAUGGAAAUAAGGGUUCUGAUUCAAUUGGAGGGACUAAGACGAUGAUCGACAAUAUGCUGGAAUUGCAAGCAUCAGAGCCUGAAUACUACUCUGAUGACAUAAUCAAAGGAAUUAUACUGACCAUGCUAAGUGCGGGCACAGACACUUCAUCAGUGACAAUUGAGUGGGCAAUGUCUCUCUUACUCAACCAUCCAGAGGUGUUAAAGAAAGCCAGAGCAGAGCUUGAUGAGAACAUUAGUAAUGACCGUUUGGCAGACGAACCAGAUCUCUCUAAUUUAGCAUACCUUCAAGGCAUCAUCAAUGAGACCCUUCGACUGUAUCCAGCGGCACCACUUCUAGUGCCACACCAAUCUUUCGAUGAGUGCACCAUCGGAGGGUUUCACGUGCCUGCCAACACGAUGUUGUUGGUGAACGCAUGGGCCAUUCACAGAGACGCCAAGGUAUGGGAUGAUCCUACAAGUUUCAAGCCAGAGCGGUAUGAAGACGGGGAAAGCAAUGAGGGGUAUAAGUUGAUACCGUUUGGGCUGGGCAGGAGAAGAUGCCCCGGGGCUGGCCUCGCCAAUCUGGUGGUGGGGUUGUCUUUGGCGGCAUUGAUUCAGUGCUUUGAGUGGGAGAGGAUUGGGGAAGAGUUGGUGGACAUGUCUGAAGGGCCAGGACUGACCAUGCCUAAAGCUAAGCCAUUAGAGGCGAUGUGUAGAGCACGGGAAACAAUGAUUAAUGUCCUCUCAGACUUAUAAUUAGCAAGGUGUGUUAAACAGAGGACUAAGAAAAUUGUUGUUUGAAGAUUGUAGCUUUCAUCUUAGGAAAAUUAUUCAAUGUUUCCGGAGUACCAUGUGUUUGUACUCUUUAAUAAAUUAUUAUUUAAUA